AUGGUUUUUUUCUCGCGCAUGCGCCGCGAAAAGCGGAAGUGCGAUGGCAGCAGCAGCUUCUGCUGUAGUAAGAGUGAGACUGACUCUGAAUGCAGUAGCCUGCGCCAGGACGUGUGUGACACCCUGCAGCCGCAACAGCAGCUGCUGGCUCCGUCUCCUGCGCUCGAUCAGUGGUCCUUCCCGUCUUGCCGCAGUGGCCUCCGCACCAACAACAGCAACAACAGCAACGGCGGCCACCGCCUAUUCUCCCGACUCGCGAAUCAUGGCGCUGCCUUCCCAGCAGAGGUGCCGCGAAUGAUGGGACGCCACAACAACGGGACUCUCUCCCAGUCUCGCCAGGAGAACCUUUGCGCAGCAAGAGAAGCAGGCACAGCAGCUGCAGUGGCACAUGCACAACGGUGCGUACAGCGCAGCCCAACGGCAGGUGUGCCCUGCUGUUGCUGCAGCGACAGCAGCACGCAAAGCGGUGGCAGCAGUGAACUCUGUCGCGGGCGGUGGUGCAACGCCGCUUGCUCUUCAGGUCUUCUGUUGCAGCAACAGCAAGACCAGCUGAAACCUCCGCAGGUGCCUCAGCAGCAACAGCACGCUGCAGGCAUGGUGCUGAACGUCCCGACAUUAAUAGAAUCUAGGGGAGUGAAGUGCCUCAUUCUGGAUGCCCCAACGAACGAGAAUCUGCAGGCCUAUCUUGCUCAGCUGGUCCAGGUGGGCGUGACUGACCUCGUGCGUACUUGCCCACCGACCUAUGACGAGGCCCCAGUCGUAGGGGCCGGUAUUCGUAUGCACGACCUGACAUUCCCUGAUGGUGAGGCGCCCCCAGACGAAGUGAUCGCACGCUGGCGAGCUCUCGCAGCGCAGGCGAAGGCAGAGGGAGGUGUCUUAGCUGUGCACUGUGUCGCCGGGCUGGGAAGGGGCCCCGUGCUCGUUGCAGUGUCGCUAAUAGACAGCGGUUUGGAAGCUGAGGAGGCCGUCAACUUCAUUCGCUCGCGCAGAAAAGGGGCAAUCAACAGACGGCAGCUUGCCUUCCUCCACAGCUACCGUCGUCAUGCUGUAGCUUCUCGUCGCUGUAUCAAGGGUUGCAGCAUAAUGUGA